GCAGACUGUACGCUAGUGGAAAUUAGCAAGCAAAUUAGUCAUUGAUAAUGUUAAUGGAUAUGUUGUGAUAAAAGUCAAGCUUUACGCGCUUUUAAAGGCAUUUUUAAAUGCUCAUCCCGCCCACUGUUAGCAAGGGGAGAACCUUACAGACCAGCUCACGCUAGCUCGAGUCCACCUGCGAGAGAGAGGCCGCGGGUAAAGGCCUCGCACAGUCGGCCUGGCCGCAGGUGCAGGUAGGCUCUCAACGUACGGCCCAAAUGUAGAAUAGACGCUUUUAUCACGUAGUUGCCCAAUGUGACAACAUUUUCUGAUGAGGAGAAAUUAUUUAUACUCACGUUUGUCAGUAUUAGCUUGCUUGGCGACACCUGGUUAGCGCAAAGUUUGUCAGUUAUUCGUUUGAAAUUUGCAGCGGUCGUUUUGGAGAAUCGCGCUAUUGUUUCGUAUUUGUGUUUCUUUCAGCUUGUCUCUGUAUUUAGCCAACGUGUGCCAUGUCUUAGCUCUGUAGAUAGUUAAAAAGCACAGCUAAACGUUUCACACAUGUCUACUUUCGCUAAGCCAUAUUUGAUCUUUAUAUGGACGUUGUGGUCCAGUUCUAGUUGUUGCCUAUCAUGUAGUACCUAGUGGUACAUCUUGCUUGUGCAUGCUCUAUAUUAAGCAUCUAUAAUUAACAAGAAACUAUACAGUAGCUGCGAGAAAAUGGGAGUCAAGAGUACAUAAUUCUACGAAAUAUUCCUCUAAAACCACAAGUAACGUAAUAGAAGUACCUCAGCAAAUCAGAGAUCACGUGGGCAGAUUUAUCUCAGGACUGAGGGAACAUGUUUUGGAGUUUAGGUGUGGUUGUCAUUGAUAAAACACAUACAGUAUAUUUACUACAAUUGACUGUGUUCGUUGUUGCUUUAACACGUGUCACCAUGGCAGCAUAACAUGCCAGCACCCUCCGUGCUGGACGGCUGGUGAUGGUGCUCAUCUUGUGGGAUUGUACGUUUUUGCCAGGUUACCUGUUUGUGGGUCCUGCCUAUCGUAGGACCCACAAACAAGUGUGCAUAUGUUGGGUCUAGGUGGUGCACAUAAACACAUUCACUCUCUGUGGGUUUUCUUGCCCUCCACUUAACCCUGAAAUGGUCAAUAUUUGCCAGCUGCUCCACUACCUCCCGUGUGCACUAAUUUGUUUACCUUUAUCUCAUUGUCUGUUUCCCUCAGUCUAUUUUAAACAAUUCUCUUGUCACCUUAGAGCAGAAUUGGAAAAAAGUCAAAGUCAAAAUGAUUUAUUAUUAUAUACAAAUACACUUUCAUAUUGUUUAAUAAGGUUAUUCCUAGCAUGUUUUUAUUUCAGACUUCUAGGGCACGUACAAUUAUGGCUUAUAUUUGAAGGUUGGCUCAUCAAAUCCAAUAGUAUUAUAAUACAAAUUGUGAGCCUAAAGUAUUUAGAUAUUGAUGAACUGUAGCUGUGUAUUAGUUAAGCAUUAAAGUAAUUUAACAUUCACCACUUAUCCUUGAAGUUGUAUAGUUGUGUUAGAGAGAAGUAACUUUUCUCAGUGCUACUUUUUUAAAUUCUUAAAGGCAAUACGACUUGUAAAUGACUGUCCUCACACUUAAUUAUGCUGAUAAUAGUUGCAAAAUAAUGCACUGGCCCAGAAUGAACACUCACACAUGACAAACCUUUCAAUAUUUUUUCUGAAUAAUAAUUUAUAGUUUGACUAUUUGAACUCAGGAGUCAAAUGAGGUAAUUAGUGUUGAGGUGAUUUGAAAAAUUAUUUAUCUUUAUAAAAGCUGUUCCACUCAAACCAACCCAUCUCUGUUUACUAUUUCAGACUAACUUGUAUAUAUAUUUAAUUGGUUAUUGUUAUAAUUUCAACCUUAUUUAACCUUAUAUUCAUUUCCUUCUGACGUUAGUUGAGGAAAUACUCAGAUUUUCUUAUUUUUUGUGCUGUCACAUUUUUACAAUUAAUGCAUAAGAGUAACUGUUGACAUUUCUGCAAAUUGUUGUCUGACUGUAUCAGGAGAGAGCAGCAGGGAACGAUGACUGAAAAAAAUAAAUGAUACUGACCUAUGUUGGCAGUGCAGCUGUGAGGCGGGGACUUCAGGAACAUACCUAAUAUAACCUUUCAUUUCCUUUGAUGUGAUUCCCGUGAUACAAUAAAAACCGUAUAGUCUCAUACAGUCUGCACGCAUUGUAUGACUGCGUGUGAAUUGGUAGGUUUUAGGUGAAGUACGUAAUGAAUUGCAUCUAACUUUCUUCAUGUCCUUCUUUUUACAUCUUGUUUUAGCUUUUGGUGUCUUUGUGUGUCGGAUGAUAGAGAUUUGGAGAACGAGGUCCUUCUCUCCCUCCCCUUUCCCUCACUUCCCUCCCACUUUUCUCUCUCACUCUAAAGAGCACAGUCUCUGCACUCCCCUUCAUUUCCCACUUCAACAUGUUGGCAGGAGGAGCAAGAAGAGGAUGCUGCGCUCUACCCUCGGUGCGUUCUUGCCACCUCUCCGGCCAGCGCACGCUGCCUCUGACUCAGACUCACCGUCAGCUUUUAGUUGUCUCCGCCUAAAGGACUUAGGAGAGGAGGUGGCGGCAGAGCUACAGGAUACACCAGAGAUUAGGGGCUCUCUCACCGGGGUCCCCAACAGGACUAACAACAGCAGGAAAGCGGAACAGGGCACAUGCUCUUUGUCGGUGGUAGAAACUACUAAUACCUCAGCAGUAACCACCACCUCUGUUUUUUCCCGCUUCUCGUCCUCCUUCAUGGCUCCAAGAUCUAUGUGGCAAGAGGCAAUAAGAAGGAAACAGUAUUUCCUGGACCGGACAGGGGGGUCUGGUGAACGGGAUAAAGGAGGAGGAGGUCAGGAGAGGAGGAACAGGUCCCCAGACUGGCUGUAUGAAUCCUAUUAUUGCAUGAGCCAGCAGCAUCCCCUGAUUGUGUUUCUGCUGCUCAUUGUGAUGGGAGCCUGUCUGGCUCUGCUGACUGUGUUCUUUGCUUCAGGACUGAACAUUGAGGACCAUGUGGCCUUUGUAAUCACUGUGCCCACAGCGCUGGCUAUCUUCCUGGCUGUGUUUGUACUUGUCUGCAUUGAGUCCAUCUUCAAGAAGCUUCUACGUGUUUUCUCCCUGGUCAUCUGGGGUUGCUUAGUUGCCAUGGGUUACCUUUUUAUGUUUUCUGGCGGGAUCAUCUGUCCAUGGGAUCAGGUGUCGUUCUUCUUGUUCAUUGUGUUUGUGGUUUACACCAUGCUGCCGUUCUCCAUGCGAGACGCCAUCAUUGCCAGUGUUGUGACCUCUGCUUCCCACACCAUUGUGUUGAGUGUCUGCUUGUCCACCUCAGCCGACCGUAUGGAGCCAACAGUAGUAUGGCAGAUUCUGGCCAAUAUUAUAAUAUUCCUCUGUGGCAACAUGGCCGGUGCGUACCACAAGCAUCUGAUGGAGCUGGCACUUAAACAGACUUAUCAGGACACCUGCAACUGCAUCAAGUCUCCUAUUAAACUGGAGUUUGAGAAGAGACAACAGGAGCGUCUUCUCCUAUCGCUGUUGCCAGCUCACAUUGCCCGUGUCAUGAAAGCUGAGAUUAUCCAGAGGCUGAAGGGCCCAAACUUUGGUCAGAUUGAGAACACGAACAACUUUCACAACCUCUAUGUCCAGAGGCACACUAAUGUCAGUAUACUGUAUGCUGACAUAGUGGGAUUCACACGCCUAGCAAGUGACUGCUCACCAGGAGAGUUGGUGCACACGCUCAAUGAGUUGUUUGGGAAAUUUGAUCAAAUUGCAAAGGAAAAUGAGUGCAUGCGGAUCAAGAUUCUAGGUGAUUGUUACUAUUGUGUGUCCGGCCUACCAGAGUCUCUGCAAAAUCAUGCUAAGAACUGUGUGAAAAUGGGUCUGGACAUGUGUGAGGCCAUCAAGAAAGUGCGAGAUGCUACCGGGGUUGAUAUCAACAUGCGUGUUGGUGUGCAUUCAGGAAAUGUCCUGUGUGGUGUCAUUGGACUUCAGAAAUGGCAGUAUGAUGUUUGGUCACAUGACGUCACGCUGGCUAAUCACAUGGAGGCAGGAGGAGUGCCGGGGAGAGUUCACAUCACCUCUGUGACACUGGAUCACCUUAAAGGAGCCUACAAAGUAGAAGAUGGAGAUGGACAAGAAAGGGACCCCUACCUCAAGGAACACAGAGUCGUCACCUAUCUCGUCAUCAACCCAAAGGUAGAACAUCGAAGCCCGCAGCAUCAUUAUCGUCCUAGACACACUAUGGAUGGAGCAAAGAUGAGGGCCUCGGUCAGGAUGACUCGCUACCUGGAGUCGUGGGGUGCAGCCAAGCCCUUUGCCAACCUGCACCACAGAGACAGCAUGACUAAUGAGAAUGGGAAGAUCAACACUGCAGAUGUGCCAUUGGGACAGUAUCAUUUUCAGAGAAGAUCAGAAAGGACAAAGUCUCAGAAGAAACGAUUUGAGGAAGAACUCAAUCAGAGGAUGAUAAGGACCUUUGACGGGAUAAACGCUCAAAAACAGUGGCUCAAGUCUGAAGACAUACAAAGAAUAUCGUUAUUCUUUCACAACAAAUCCCUGGAGAAGGAGUACAGAGCAACAACUUUGCCGGCCUUCAAAUACUACGUCACCUGUGCUUGCUUGAUCUUUUUCUGCAUUUUCAUUGUGCAGAUUCUGGUCCUUCCAAAGACAACUGUCUUGGGAAUCUCGUUUGGAAUGGCUUUUCUUAUCCUUUCGCUGAUCCUCUUUAUUUGUUUUAUUGGGCACUUCCUGCACUGCAGUAAAAGUGCCUCCACUUCUUGGAUGUGGCUUCUGAGGUCAUCAGUCAUUAUUGCCAACAAGCCAUGGCCUCGCAUCACUCUCACCAUGACAACCACAGCUCUAAUACUUAUAAUGGCAGUCUUCAACAUGUUCUUUUUGGAAGACAAUGUAUGGCCUCCAGGUCCUGUUUACAAUUCAUCCAACGAAACAAUGUUUUAUCCUACCGGGCAACUCAUUGCCUUCACUGGCAAAAACAAUUUCUACCUUCCUUAUUUAAUUUACAGUUGCAUCCUCGGACUGAUAUCGUGCUCCGUGUUCCUGAGGGUAAACUAUGAGCUGAAGAUGAUCAUUAUGCUGACGGCAGUGGUGGUCUACAAUGUCAUUAUUCUCCAAACACAUGCCUCGCUCCUGGAUGAAUAUAGCAGAUUCCUGUACAUCACCGAAAGCCUGGACAGGCCAGGAGUCCUCAAAGACUUGAAGACUAUGGGUUCUAUCUCCCUCUUUAUCUUCUUCAUCACUCUGCUUGUGCUUGCCAGACAGAAUGAGUAUUACUGUAGGUUGGACUUCCUGUGGAAGAACAAAUUCAAGAAGGAGUGUGAAGAAAUUGAAACCAUGGAGAACCUUAACCGUGUUUUACUGGAGAAUGUCUUGCCUGCACAUGUGGCAGAACACUUCCUGGCACGCAACUGGAAGAAUGAGGAUCUGUACCACCAGUCCUAUGACCUGGUGUGCGUCAUGUUUGCCUCUAUCCCAGACUUUAAAGAGUUCUACACAGAGUCCGAUGUCAACAAAGAAGGAUUAGAGUGCCUUAGGCUUCUAAAUGAAAUCAUUGCUGAUUUUGAUGAGCUGCUGUCCAAGCCUAAAUUCAGCGGCGUGGAAAAGAUCAAGACCAUUGGUAGCACUUACAUGGCUGCUACUGGGCUGAAUGCAUCACCUGGGCCUGAGUACACGUCACAGGAGCAUGACAGACAGUACAUGCACAUAGGGACGAUGGUGGAGUUUGCAUUUGCUUUGGUGGGGAAGCUUGAUGUAAUUAACAAACACUCCUUCAAUGACUUCAAACUCAGAGUUGGUAUUAACCACGGUCCGGUGAUUGCUGGAGUCAUUGGAGCCCAGAAACCACAGUAUGAUAUUUGGGGGAACACAGUGAACGUAGCCAGUAGGAUGGACAGUACUGGAGUCCUUGGAAAAAUACAGGUGACGGAGGAGACGAGGCGCACCCUUCUGACCUUGGGCUACAUGUGCUCCUGUAGAGGCAUCAUAAAUGUCAAGGGCAAAGGAGAACUCAAGACCUAUUUCGUGCACACAGAGAUGACCCGCUCACUGUCACAGGGGAAUGUGAUGUCAUAAGGCCGACUACGAGUAUGGACCACUUUUAAUUGCACAAAGGACAUUACAGGUAGUGAAUUUAAGAUGGCGGAGGUUUGAUCUUGUCAGCACACAAAGGAACCAGGUGUGCUGGAAUAAUGUCAUUCAAAUGUUACAUUGCAAGUUACUUAGUGUAUACCACAGCUGUAGUGUACAUUUAGUCACUUCUGUAACUGUAAAUGUAGCAUGUGAAGCAAGAGCUGUAGGUAAUUACCCUUGAAAUACAUUGUAACUUGAAUGUUGGAUCCGGAAUUGCUACGGUGACAAGAUGGAAUGUUGAAGUUCAGUUACUGUACACAGAAGAGUCUGAAAUGGCGCAAAGUAGUGAUCUUACUCAGAACCAGGAGGCUUGUAGCACUUACUUUGCCAUAAAAGCCUUGUAUAUGUGAUCAAUAUUCUAUUCAUUUUGCAGGACACUGGACAAUUUGGAUCUUCAACUCUAGGGAACUCAGUUUUAAUAAUGUGAUCAUAUAAGGGUGAAUAAUGAUAAAACAAAAAUGCCAGUGUUAUGGAUAUGUGGACGUUCAUGUUCUCCCAUUUUCACAUGUGAUUUUGUAUGUAAGGGACAGAGACAGAGGGAAAAACUGCAUGUUCACUGUUGCAUAGGUGAAGACGGCCCCAUCUUAAAACGCAGGCAGCCGACAUGGUCAUACGUGUACAUAGAAGCACGGAGCCGUGGGGGACGUUUACAGGCUGUCUAGAACCAUGAACGACACUUAAAAAAAAAUCUAUGAAUAUAUAGUAUUCUGGCAGGCAGCUUUCUAAAACUGUCUUUGCACCUAAAUCACUUUGUCCUUAAUGUUUACAAAACAAAACUGAAGCUGUCGUGGUGUUGGAAAUAGAACCCAGCAGGCACACAACCGACCUUCAAUGUUUAAAUAUAGUUGAAAUUAUGUCAGUUAUUGUUGUGACGUUGAUGCAACAUUGAAACAGCAUUGAAUGCUGAUGGUUGUAAAAGGUUAACAAAAUACUUCUAAAUUAACAUUGAAAUAUUGCCAGUUGUUUUUGUGACGUUGAUGUUACAUUGAAGCAACGUUUGAUCAACGCUUGAUCAACGUUGAUUCACCUUUCAAAAUCAACACAUAAUCCAAUGGUCAUUCAACCAUAAUAUGACGUUGAUUCAACAAUGAUUCAACGUUGCCUGCUGGUGUUUAGUGGCAUUUAAUCAAUGCUGAGGGUCAGAUUGGGAAGGAAAAUGUCCAAAUAACAAAGGGAUGAAAAUGAUUUGAGUGUGAAGAUGUGAAUUUGGAAAACCUGAGCCUGCCCUGCGUAUACAAUAGCUUUAGACUCUACUAAACAGUGGUUUUGUAAUAAAAGAAAAUACUACCAAAAAAGUGUUUUGAUGUUUUGAUGAUGCUAUUGUUAUUAUUUUUUGUAAAAACUUCAUUAAAAUUUCUAUGUAUUUCA